UGUCGGCAAUUGGACACCAGCACCAAAGCAAUCGGACAGAUGGCAAUGCGAAGGUAUAAAAGGACGCACCGAAUCGCGCGUUAUUCAGUUUUAGUCCUGACAGCCAUUGCAGUUGAACGUGCGAAGUAUAGUUGAAGAUACCGUUGAACGCGUAGAUGAACAAAUUGAGUGUAAGAAGCAAGUAGUGUUGGCUUAACUGAGCAUGUGCGACGGUGUGUCGACAAGUGUGCUUUUGUUAAGGAAGGUUCUGCAAAUAGCUAAAGCCACAACAAUAACAAUAUCAAACGAAUAUUAAAGUACAAUAAAUAAUUCAUGCGCCAAGUUGACAGCGUAGAGUGUAUAAAAAUAACGGAAAAUCGAAAAUACUGUGUGGAAGUGUAAACAAGCGAAAUUGGAAAUAAUCACAUGAAUAAUAUAUUUGAAAUUUGUGGCAACACAAAGCAUACUUUUGCGCGUAUAUACUGCCGUGUAAUCGUGUGUGAGUGUUAAACGUGUAAAGAGUGACCGACAAUCGUACGCAUUUAACGCCAACGGCUUAGUAGGCCGUUGAUUUAUACGCCGUUUGUGCUUUUAUUGUGCUUUUAACGGUUUUAAUGGGCGUUGCGUGCGACGGCUGUGAAGAAAAAUCAAAAUAAAGUUCGAAAGUAAAAUACAAAGAAACGAAUAAUUACAACAUUUACGGCGGCAGCAGCACUGAAACUGCAAAGUGUAAAGCGUCGUAAAAUAAUCGACAAACUUACCAUCACACAACAAAACUAACAACAGCAGUGUUGAAUAUGUGUUUGCCAACAGGCGCGUCGCUCUUUUGGCGCUCCGGCGCUUUCGUGUCGUUAAUUGGCAUAAUCCUUGUUGCAUGCCUCAUGCAACUGCCCAACAGCGCGGCAAGUGUGGUACACGGCACGCAAGAACAACAACAAAAUGGGCAGCAGCAACAACAGCGUCUUGGCAACAUGUUGCGUGAUGCCGUUUACAAUAAAAACGCGCCCAAUGACCAAGUGCUCAGUGAUAAUGAUGUUGCGACUGUCGAUGAACUAGAUGCCGAUAAUUAUGUUGGCGAUGACUUCGCAAACGACUUCGCCGCCGCUUCGGAGCGUUACGCCGCCAGCGAUGAGUCGUCCAGUGUGGAGCUGCUGCGUUUCGUCGAUGAACGCGAUGAUGCAAUGCUGAUACAUGCCACAACAACCGGUGCUGCAAGCACCACCACCACCUCCCCGACUACAACCACAAAAACAACUACUACAACAGCGGCGCCAACACAUGAACAGAGCGCCGCGACACUGCCGCUCGCCGAGCAGGUGCAAUUGCUUUCCAAACAGUUAAACGCGCUGAUGAUGCGUCGUCGCGAAGAUUACGAGCUGCUCGAACAUAAUUUACGCAAAUCGCUCAGAAUCGGCACUACGGCGAAGGAUGCGUUGUCGGCCGCCGCUGGCGAUGCGGAUAUGCGCACCGAAUUGCAGGAUUUGCGUCGCGAAGUCGCCGCUUUGCGUGAUGGUCACCUAGGCGGCAACAAGGAGCGUCUCACCGUCGAGUGGCUGCAGCAAUCGAUCGCCGAGAUACGCAAACAACUCGUCGAAUUGCAGGGGCUCGCCAGUGAAGCCAGCAAAAGCAUUAGCCACCGCACGCAGAGCUACGAAGACAUGGCGACGGUGCGCAACGACUUCACCCAACUCAAGUUGGAGGUGGCCGCGCUGAGGGAGCGCCAGCAGCAGAACGAGGUCUUCAUACAGGAGCUACGUGAGGAAGCGCUCCAGCAGGAGGAAGACUACAAACGCUUGCUCUUGCGCGCUGCACCCACGUCAGCGCCGACGGUCGUCAAGGGAACGCCGACGUCGGUGUUGGGGGCAGAGCAAACACAACAACUUCAGCAAACAGCGCAGUCAAGUGAAAUCGAUUCGGAAAAUAAUGAGCUAAUCAACGACCCACUAACCGCCGAUCACAAGCGCCGCCAUUGCCGUUUCCAGCGCCAACAAAUCCAUGAACUCCAACUGGCACAACACUCACUCAAAUCCCAAUUGAACGAACUGAAGUAUCAUCGCAUUGGCGAACGUGUACGCAACCUGGAAAUCGAACAGCAUCGCAUGGCCGAUGCCAAUUUCAAUUUGAGUCGACAAAUUGCCUCGCUCGAUAAACUGCACACUUCAAUGCUGGAGCUGCUCGAAGAUGUCGAGAGUUUGCAAACGAAAAUGGAUAAAAGCCUGCCAGAGUUGAGGCAUGAAAUUUCCAAAUUAGAAUUCACCAGCGCCCAACUAACCGCCGAGCAGAGUCUGCUGCGUGAGGAGGGCAAAAAUGUGGCGCGUUCAGUGCAGGCGAUGGCGGUGAGUGUCAGUACGUUGCAGGAUGAACGCGAUGCCAAUAAACAAAUGCAGGUGGCAGUGGCGCAGUUGCGUGGCAAGUUGGACCGCCUGGAGAGCGUGUCGCAGGAUAUGCAACGGGCGGUGAUGCAACAGCAGAAACAGCAUAGCAUGGAGCACAAGUUACACCACUCACACCAAAAGCAUCACAAUCACCAGCACCGAGAGACCAGCAACAACAAGAAUAACAAUGACGACAACAACAACAUUGCAGCGGCAACCGCAGAGGCACAUGGCGCUGAGUCGCUUGUCGCCAAGCUCGAAAAUGUCGAAGAACAAUAUGAGUCCAUUAUACAGAAUCUCCCACAGGAUUGCAGCGAAGCGCCAACCGGCAGUGAUGCCGGUCUCUUUAUGAUUUCACCAGCCGGCCAGCAACGACCACGCAUGGUGCAUUGCAGCGCCGACGGUUGGACCACCAUACAGCGUCGUUACGAUGGCAGCGCCGAUUUCAAUCGUUCAUGGGCUGAUUAUGCCGCCGGUUUCGGACAACCAGCCGGCGAAUACUGGAUUGGCAAUGAACAGCUACAUCAUUUGACACGCAACAAUUGCACACAACUUCGUAUACUCAUGCAGGAUAUCUAUGAUAAUGUAUGGCUGGCACAAUACGAUCGCUUCUAUAUUUCGUCGCGCGCCGAUGGCUAUCGUCUGAAUACCGCCGGAUACAGUGGCAAUGCCUCCGAUGCGCUCGACUACCAGCAGGGCAUGCAGUUCUCGGCGAUCGAUGUCGAUCGUGACAUUUCACAGACGCACUGCGCCGCCAACUAUGAGGGUGGCUGGUGGUUCUCGCAUUGUCAGCACGCCAAUCUAAACGGACGCUACAAUUUGGGCUUGACUUGGUUCGAUGCGGCACGCAAUGAAUGGAUUGCCGUCAAAAUUAGUCAAAUGCUAAUUAAACGCCAACCGGCGGCUAAGUGCAGUGCCGCACUGACAGCUGCGGAAGCGACGAUGACAACAACAUGGCAUACAGCGUCCGUAGCGACGUCGCCGACGUCAUCGUCGUCGUCAUCACCAUCGCUGCCGGCAGCGCCUGCGGCUGGUCAGCACGAGUUGACGGAUAGUGCGCGCUCGGAGGCAAUGCCUGUGGCGGCGGUGCUGCCAGCCGCAGCGAAUAGCGCGACGCAUCGGCCAGUGCGCUCGCCGGCAACGAUAGCGAUGUAUGCUUCCGCGGCGCGUCUGUAAAGUGCUGCUCGGCACGAACACACCAAUUCAUAUGUAGUGUAGAGAUGAUGAUGUGGGCGCCACCAAAGUCAUGCCUGCGACACAGUUUGCGUAUGCAGUGCGUUUGUUGAUAUGUCUGUAAAUAUGGUAGUGGCAUAUAUGCGGCGGCGCAUAUACGAUUACGUUGUAUAUGCGUGCGUAAAUGUAUGCCGAGAACUGAUUUGAUUUUUCAAUUUAUGUGCGUGGGUAAGCAAAAGCAUUGCGUUGCGGUGUAUUUAUUUAGUCCAAAGUUACUAAUUGAGUUAAGUUUUGUAUGUGUGUGUGAGUGCCUGCGAUUUAUACUUAGACAAUUAUAUAUACAUAUGUAUGUAAUGUUAAGUAACAUUAUGGAAAAUAGUUGCUUUUUUGAAGUAUUAUGUAGUGGAAACGAAGCAGUGAAUUGAGAGUUGUUUAUAUGUAAUUAAAUGAGUACUGAACAAGCAUAGAUUUUAGCUUAGUGUAAACUAAAACUCUUUUCUACUCGCAUACAUUCCAGUAAACCAAGUAUUUUUUUUAUUAAAAGUUUUAAUUAAACAAUUAAUAUUAGUAUUCUCUUUAGAAAAUAAAUAAUUAAUUUAAUAAAUUUUUUUCUGGGAGUAUUAUUAAUAAGUAUUCGAAUUCGAAUUUAUGUUCUUGGCAAGUUCAAAUUAUCUAAAAAAUAUUUUUUAUUUAAAUUCCGACUAUUGGCCUAUAGUCGCUAUGCACCUAAAAUUAUUUUUGAAAAAAUAAAAAAAUAAAAAUUAUUUUCAACAAAGUUAAAAAUUCAUUAAAUCAUAAAUUUUUUAAUUAUCAUUUAUAAGCAUAAAUAUUAUUAUUUUAUCUAAGAAAAUUUGAUAAUUUUAAAAUAUAUUAUUGGUAUAUAUUUCAAUAAUUAUUUUUUCAAAAAAUAUACAUUUUUUCCUUUGUAAUUUUCUUAUAUGCAUUUAAGUUUUUUUAAGUAUUUUAAUUUUUAAGCAUUAGUAUUUUAAUUUUUAAGCAUUAGUCUUUUAAAUAUGACAAACUUUCAUACAAAAAUCAUAAAAUGAACAUAAUUCUGUGACCACUGCUGAGAACGCCUAAGAAGAUUGUGAAUAUAAAAUUCAACACAACCGAUUACCACCCCACUACACUCGCACUUUUGUGAGAAUUAUUUUCAUGUCUGCCUUCAUAAAAAAAUAUUUAUUGGAAUCUAUUUGACUAACAAUAGCAAUCUACAUCGAAAUGUAACCGAAUUCCCAACACUCACUCAAUUUUAGUAAAGCAUAUCAGCCACCUGCUAGCGGCAAUACAGAAUAUAAAACUUCAAAUAAUUACACCAACAAUUCCAUAGGCAUUUAUGCAAUGAAAACAGAAAAUACCAUUUGCAAACAGUUAACAAUAAAAUGUUGUUAUUUUUGCUUAUUUACAGCUUUUAACCUUAGUUAUUGCAGUGCGCUCUUGUAGUUCAUUUCAUUUAAUAUUUCAAUAAAACAUUUUCCUUCUCAAUUACUUCGCAUAACUCACUUUUGAUUAUACAAAGUGCAGCUGUAAUGCCCAUAAAUAUAAUUGAAAUUACUGUAAAUAAAUUUUCUAAGAAAACAAACAAGCAAAAAGCGUUAUUUAAUUUCCAUUCACCCACUUAAAAGCUACUCAGUGUUUGAGCGUAAAUAAAAGCUGGGUGUUGUGUGUGCACAGCAUUAGGGUAACUCCUACAAUGCAAAUGGAAUGGAGUGAACAAUUGUUGAAUGCAAUAGUUAAAAGAGUAAAUUGUAAUAAAUUGUGCUGGGCAAUGUUAGGAAUAAGCGGAGAAACGUAUUUCAUAUUUCAGUUUCAGUCUCAGUGAACUUAAAAAUAAACUCUAUUGCUAUUGAAAAAUUAGUUUGAAAUCAUUUAAAAUAAUGAUUAAUAAAUGUAUUUUUACUCUAUAAAAACUAUUAGUAAAAGAAAGUAAAGAUUUCCAAAACUGUAAACAACUAUAGAAGCACAAUUUUGUUACAUCACAAAAUGCUUAUAAGGCGAAUAGCUAAGGUACCGUUAUCAUAUUAUGGCAAGCAAAAUUUUAAAGAGGUCCUCUAGUAGUAGUUUGAUAACCAAAUUUCCCUAUAAACGCAUGCCCAUUGGAAGUGGGAUUGGAAUUAUACAACUAAAAGUAUGUGCUCGUCCAGUAGGACCUCACAGAAGGCUAGAUAAAAGAACGUACAUGAAGAACCACAUUAAUGUACAAAAUGCAAAUAUACCAUUUCAAUUUACUGACAUUUUUAAAUUAAAUACAUAUUGAGUGUAUGCAUUCAUAUAUAGCAUGCUGUAUACGGAAAAAUUAAUUGAGCUUAAUUGAAUAUUAAUGUGCACACUUUGCAUUGAAUUGCACGUGAAAUAUGCACAAAGAGAGAGGAGUGGUGGAAAAAAACGUGCAUAAAAGGUAUGGGACACAAUAUGAAUAGCAAAUAAUUAUAGCUAAUUGACAAUGCAUUUUGAGGUACAGUUUUUCAUUGGAAAUUAUUUAUAUGACGUACCUAUGACAAAGGCGAAACAUUUAUUAAUUUUUAAUAAAUUUUAAAGCUAUAUAUUUUUGUAAGCAACAUUAUAUUUGAAUUCGAGACGUUAUGUGUAAUUUCGGAAUAAUCAGCUAAUUUUAAUUGAAUAUAUGCUUAUAUAUUUCAGCUUUCGAAAUUUACGAAAUGUUGUUACUUCAAUAUAAAUGUUGUGUAAAUUGAUGCCGAAUACCAACAACUAAGCAUGCUAUAUUUGUCAAUUGGUAUUAACUUUAUGUUCAAUAGUAUAGUAGAAGUUAGCUGAUGAUUUUCAAUAACUAAAAGACCUGGAACCUUUUGAAUCGCAUAUUUGCACGAUCCUUCAUAGGUUUAAGGCAUAAAGCUAAGUGUACCACACUAAAUUUUUAUUGUCAACUUUGAUCAGAUUACUUACCCAGAGCAAAGGUUCAAGCAAAUUUUCUUUGCUUUCUAAUUUAUUUUUUGAUAGUACACAUUUUAUUUUUAAACGUGACAAAAUCGAUCCCAACCACCAGGUUAUUGUAAUUAAGUGUUAGCUGAGAGCUGUGAGCCAAGCAAAUGAUUAAUUAUUUCACACAUUAAACGCUAAGCAACAGCUCUAGAAUACGCUGACAUAUUAAGCAGGCAUGCAAAUUCGACUACAAUAUGUAUUGUAUAUAGAGAGAGAGAGAUUUGAAUAUCUACAGCAGUGAGCAACAACAGCUAGCGUUUAUUUUGCGCAUAGCCAUGAAGGCAAAUAUUUUCGCAGGCACACACACACACAAUACGUCUGCAUAGCAAUUACUUACUCUCCGGCGAAUUCGCACAAAACCAAACCAGACAUUUUAGCCAUAUAAUUCAGCAUUUGUCGAAUCCACACAUUGAAUGCCCUGCAGUCAUUCUCACCAGUUCUAUCGCCAUCCACCACCGCCUUGCCGCAGUGCUGACCUACUUCCGGCAUACGCGCAUCAUAUUGAGCUUCGACAUGCAAUUCAUGGCAAGUCUCGAAAACUGUAACUGGCUACGCCGCAACGGUAUUCAUGUGCGCAACGCGAGGCUGCCACGCAGCAACCAACAACCGACCAGCAACCGGCGAGCAGCCAACAAAUUAAUCUAAAACAAUUGCCGCGCAAGCAUUUUACGAAAAUAAACAAAACUCUCGCACACAAACACACACACUGCCAAAUGCAUUGCGGUGCACGGUGCACGGUGUGCGCUGUGUAGCGUGCAAUUCGGGUUUUCUAAUAUUUUUCACGCAAAAAUAAUCCAUUUCCAUUUGCAUUCGCUGUGCACUCAAUGCGAUUGCCGGGCAAUAUGUCUAGCGCGUGGAUUUGGUAGCAACUGACCGUGCUGAAUUUAUGUUUCUUAUUUUUAUUUCUUUAUUUUUUAUUUUUGUUUUUUUUUUUGCUGCUGUUGUUUCGUGCGCUAUUCAUUCAGCAAAAUUAAUUUUUUUAUCACUGCACUUUCUUAUACCGAUUUGACUGCAGUGCUGUAGUUACACAAAAGACGCGCAGCGGUUUAAAUGAAUUGCUGCUGUGGCAAAUAGAAGAGGAAUUCAUGCACAAUAAACAAUAUAUACAUUAAUAUACAGAUAUAUAUAAAUAUUUCUACAUUAACAUCACUAUUUUCUUAAGCCUUAUUCGUGGUAAUAUUUUAUUAGAGCUCAGCAUUUUUAUUUAUUUUAUUGCCGCCAUUAUUUCAUUUCAUUCUCAACCAAUUUUCAUUAGUUCUUACCUGCUAUUUUCCGUUUUUUCUUCUAUUCCGUCUAUUUUGUUUUCAUUAUCCCGCGCUUUUCUCCCUAAAUUGGGUUCGUAAAAUCAUUUCGCUUGCCACAGCUUUGCUUUGACACUAGCUUUGCGAAUUCCGAGGAUUAUUUUUAGCGUUGCUCGCUUUAUUUCUUUUCAAUUUAAAUAAAUAGUUUUGUUGGCAUGAAAAAACAACAAUGUUAAGUGCAAAAGCUCUCAGUUGAUCCUCUCUUUUUAAAUGCCAAAAUUUAUACGACUUACGAAACGAAAUGUACACGGACAUACAAAUAUGUUAUUUUAAAUAUAUAUUUGAUAUUUUAGUGUAGCAAUAAUGACUACGACCCUCUUCGAUUUCGAAAAAGCGCAUACAAUAUUUGCAAAUUUGAAUAAAAGUGGACUAAAAUUUUUAUUUCAACUGAAAUCUUCUACAAGCAACAUUGCAUUAUUUUUUCACGUGUCAUUGUGCUGAAGCUACUCACACGUGUCACACUUUUUGCAAUGCUACAAUGACAAAAGAACUUGUUUAGUAUACUCAGUAUUGGCUUGCUUGACAAUGUUGCUCAUACGCCAUGGCAGGUCAAAAUGCUUGCUCUUAGUAUAAGCGCAUAUAUAGUAAUUAUUUCAUUUAUAUGCACGUAGAUAUUUUUGUACGGAAUUAAGCUAACUAAAUUUUACUUAUGUUAUUUGAUCUUAUGGAGGCAUUUUAAAUAGGUGGUGUCAGUAUAAUGGCGUUUCAAUCAUAACUUGUCUUCUUAUUAUCUUCUUAAGUUGUUUUUAAGCAUACUGAUAUCAAUUCUCUUAUUCUUUUUAUGCAAAUUUUUAGGUAUAUAAUAUGCAGAAAAGAAUUCAAAACUACAUUUCACAUAAAUUUUAUAAAAUAAUGCUCCAAAUUGGCAUGCAUUGAAAUGUUACUCAUACGCCAAGGCACUCAUCAUUGCAUUUUUGGAAACUUUGAAUUUUAUGUGGUAUGAACUUUGAAUGUAGCUUUGAAUAACUUGUCAACUUCGUAACUCGAAAUUAUUUUAAAUUAUUUCAAACGAAUGCUGGUUUUUAGUUAACUGUGGUUAAUUAAUUUUUUAACUCCUUCUCGUAGCUUUUCUCUACGAUGUUUGAGGAAAGUAGCUAUACAAAUAUACUCAAUACACAUCACACAUUAAAAAAAAAAACGUUUUUACUUGCAUUACAAACUUAUUUCUUUCAAUCACACACACACACAUCAUACAAUACAACGCAUAUCAACAUUAAAAAACAGGAAUUAUGACAAAAAGUAGCUUAAUGCAUACAUGUAUAGUUUGUAUGAGUAUAUGUAUGUAAGUGCAUAAGAAUACUAGCUUCUAAGGAAUUGAGACAAAUAAUAAAUAUAUAGCGAUAAUGUAGACAAAAUAUGAUAUUUGAGAAAAAACAGAAAACUAAUUUUGUAGCUCAGAAUGUAUUUAAGAUAUAAAUGUAAUAUUUAGUAAAAAUAAUAUUGUUUAUGUCGCCAUAUCAGUAGUGCGUUAUAAGUUUUAGCGCAAAUAUAAAACGAAAAAGACACAUAUGUAUACAUAUAAAUAUAUAUAUAUAUAAUAAUUUAUAAAUGUGCUUCUAAGACAUAUUGUUACUAUUAUUUCUGUAUGUGUGUUUGUGUGUGCAUGUAGGAGCAUUAGUUGUAUUUAAGCAAAUGUAUAACGAGUAUUUCCAGUAAAUUAUAAGUGUAUUAAAGCAUAUGAAUUAAACUAGUGGAAAUAAUAUAUUUGUAUGUUAUAAUGUAAAAAAAAACUGUAUAAAAUCACGAUGUAUGCAUCAAAACCCCUCCAAAAUGGAAGCAGGCAUUUUUUAUGACUCCAAUAGCAACUAAUGAAAUAUGAGAAAUAAAUAUGUAUGUGACGAAAUGAGAAAUGAGAAACGACUGUAAAAAGAAACAAAAACUCUAGUAAUAAUGCCAAAGAGUAAACGACACAAAUAAAAGCAGAAAACAAUAAAAAAUAAUGAAUAAAUGAAAAGUAAAUAAAAUCCUCAGAUCUAAGCAUAAUCAUUAAACAUACAUACAUAUUUCAAGUGGCAAACAAACUCUACCAAAAAUUAUUUGUACGCAAAAAAGCAAAAUAAAAAAAAAAGAAAUAAGAAUUUUUGACGAAAGCACCAAACUUUGACUUUGACUUUGACUUUGUCACCAAACAGGACACACUUAACAACCCAGCUAAAUAUAUACAUAUAAAACUAGUAUAUACGAUAUAAAUAUAUGUGAGUAUGAGUGUAUAUCAGUAUAUACAAAGACAUAUAUAUAUGUAUAGACAUUAAGUUCUUGUAAUUGUAAUUGUUGCUAAGCUUAAGUAUAAGUAUUAUAACUGUAACUGUAACUCUAUAUGUACGCAUGUGUAGGAAAAGGCGUUGAAUUUUCAAUACCAGACAGCAAUGUGCUAAGAAAAUAUGAAAAUAUAUGCAUAUAAUGGAAAUUAAUUAAUAAUAAAAACCGUAUGAAUAAG